ACUGCCAGGGAAUUUCUCCUGAUGACUCUUCCACUGGGUUGCCCCUCACUUUCACAGGCUGAACGAGCUAGGAUUCCCUGGUUUAUCGUGCCUCAUCCCGCCUUCCUCCCCCAAACAACGCUGGGCCCAGCGGGGUCCCCCUCACCGCCCCGCUGGCCGGUUACGACAGCGCGUACAGCCCGUCAGGGUCCCGCCGCGGGCCCGGCCAGGCCGCUCGCCCCCUCCUUGGCGCCUUUCUCCGUCAGGAGUCAUUAACCUCGGAGGAAUGAAGGAAAUCUCGGCGGGCUGCUCCGCUUCCUGGUCAGCCGGGCUCCCCGCGCAGGGGCAGCGCCCGCCGGGCCGCAGGCGAGGCUCCGGGCGGCAGCCGAGGCGCCGGAGGAAGAGCCCGUUCCUGCUGCGCCCGCCGGAGGACCAUGGCGUACCGCGAGCUGGUGAGGAGCUGGCACGAGGGCGUGCGGGCGGCCGACAGCAGGGACUGGGACGGCGCUUUGAGGACCUUCUCCAGCCUCGAGGACCCCCCGUCUCGGAUUUGCUUCAACAUAGGCUGCGUGCACCUCAUCACGGGGAACCUGGAGCAGGCUCUGCAGGCGUUCAAUAAAACAGUUGCCAAGGACAAUUCUCUAGCUGUUGGCUUCUUUCAGAGGGGGUUUGUCCACCUGCAGUUAGAAAUGUAUGAAGAAGCUCUCUCUGACUAUCGUACGGCCUUCACUCAUCUAAGAAAGAAUCCAUUCAUCGAUUACAAGCAGCUGGGGCUGAGACACAUACUCAAUGCAUGGGAGGUGCUGUACAGCACUGCAGCAGCACAGUGCCGGCUGAGGCAGUGGCAGGAAGCUAGAGUUACCUUAGAAAAGGCUGUUGUGUGGAGACCUGAAGGAAGAACAGCAAUCCUGGACCUGGCCCUUGAGCAGGUGCAGGAGCAUCUGUUUUUAGAGCCUAUGCAGGUUCCACCUGGGGAAUUUUUCAGACCACGAAAGAAGGAAGUUGAAGAACUGGAUUCAAAAGAUUUUUUGGGUAAACCCAAGGUGAUCUCCUCCAUCAUUCCCAAUGAUGAAUACAUUGGCUUCGAGCCUCUUAGGCCUCAGAAACAGGGCUUUUACGAACCCAGUGCCGAUGCUCUGCGAGACUGUGAUUCAGGCUACUAUCGAGUUUUGUCCCAUUAUUACCCUGAGGACUCAGAAAAGUUGGCAGUGAAAGCCAACAGUUUGGUCUUUGUGCUGACUAGAGGAGCAGAUGACUGGGCUACAGCCAUACAUGAUGGACAGAAACUGCGUAUACCAGCCUCUCUCCUGGAGCCUGCUCCUGCCCUGAAGACAGAUAAAUGGAAGAUCAGCAAUGGGAUUCCCCUCCCUCCUGCCAAAGUGCCUCCCAGCCGACUCCAUGUGAAACAAAAGCCAGAAUCUGCUGAAGGAGAAAAUGCCUCUGCAAAUGAUGAUGUUUCCCAAAUGGACUCUAAGAUCCCACCGGCACGAGAAGAAGCUUUAUCCAGCACAGACAAACCCGUUGUACUGAGAGUCCACUGUGACUGCACCAUAGCGCUGAGAGCAGGCGAGGUGCCAUCUCUGCCAGACCUGCGGGCUCUGCUGAGGGAGAAGUUCAGCCAGCAAGCAGAGCAAGGGAAGUUGAGCUACAGGCAUUCGGACAGAAAAGAACUGGUUGCAGUUUUGGGAGAGGAAGAUCUGGGGAAGAUAUGGCAACAGUUGGCAGACGGCAGGCUGACACUCUGGUGCGAGGGCUCAGAUUCCCACUCAGGCAGACCGGUCCUCUACAGGAUGCUGGCUCAGCACAGUUACCUUGCUCAGGGGCCAGGAGACCUGGAGUUCAGCAAAGGAGACACGCUGGACAUUCUCUCUGAAGUGAACGAGGACUGGCUUGAAGGACACUGCAAUGGCAAGACUGGCAUCUUCCCCAAAUGCUUUGCAACUCAGUCUGGUUGUAGUACUACAUCCCUAUAGGCAACAGGGACCUAUUCCUGCCAGACUACACAAAGAGCCCACUGCCAUCAGUCCUGUCUCCCAUGGGUCAGAGACACUAGUACCAGCUCAUUCUGGCCACAGCCAGCCCAUCAAGGCGCUCUGAUGAAGCUGGCUACACUGGACAGGAGAUGUCCUGUGCCUAUGGAUCCCAUGGGGUCAGUUCCAGCAGUCUGGCAGCAUUUUCUAAAGCCUGUUCCAAGACUUGGCAUUUUUACCUCUGUUCUAACAGUGCCAGAGAUACGUUUGUAUGGGGCAGAGAGAAGAGUGAGGGAUUUGGUAUUUGGCUACAGGAAAUGCUCAUGCAGCAACCAGAGGAGCCCACCUAGACUUCAAGAGCUCAGACUAAUGGGUGGGAAGAGGUUCCUCUGAAUGGAGGAGUUUACCACCUCUCCCUCUGCUGCUCAAGUUCAGGCUGGGGAGGCUGAGCUUGCUCUAAUGGGGCUGAGCAUAGCCAUCUGUGAGCAGGAGGCAGACCCAGUUCCCUCUGCCCCUGUGCCAUGUAUUCUUAUUUGCACCAGAGAGCAAGCUGCUGCUCUCUUUUGAAAGCCUUCUGUAACUGGUUUGCAGUGGGGUAUAUGGGGUGGCAUCAGGGGUUAGGCCCACCACGUAUCAGCUCCAUGUAUCAUCACAGCAAGUACCCUGUAGAUCUGUAAGAGAGCAAAGGGCACGUCACUUCUGUGCUCAGAUGCCUUUGGUUGUUUUUUGAAGUCCUUGAAAAGUGCUGUCUGGAUUUUACUGCCCUAUCUCAUGUGAGCAGCAGUCUUGCAGCAUGGAGGAGAGGAAGCCGUGGAAACACUCCUGCUCACAGGGGCCUUGGGCUCUGGCAGAGGUGGUCGAUUGGAACGGCAGGGGAGAAAUGAUUGUCUGGUUCCUCCAGCUGAGCUGGGCUGUGCUGUGCUGUUUGAAAUAAAAUACUCAAGUGCCUGGAGCUGGAACCUGCUAUGGAUUUAGUGUCUGACUAAGCUGGUCUAUGUAACCUGAAUAUAAAAUAAACCCUGGAUCAGAUGGCAACUAUUAAAUCAACUGCUGAUUGUAUUUUUCUGCUGAAAUAUGCCAGUAAAGAUUUUGGCAGCUAUUAAA